GUUAAUGCAAUGGUCAUAAAGUGAAGCACUAAUGUGUGCGUAACAACGACACAUGCUGUUGUUGUGUUGACUUUAUCAGACGCACGUUACGGAUAUGCAUGCGAGCAUUGCCAUGUGUCUUUACAAUGGAGCAGAUCGUCGCGUUAAACAUAAAUAACAGAAGAGCAAAGUCGCAGUAGGAUCUGCUUGAACCAACCAGCUUUUCAGUGUCAGUACUGUGGUCUCCAGCAUGGGCAGACUGGACGACGCUGCCAAGCGCAAGGUGGUGGAGCUGCGGGAAGCAGGUUUGAGCUUCCGUAAGAUCAAAGCCGUGCUGGAGCUGGAGAACAUCAAGGUGUCUGCACAGGCCAUCUUCCUUUUCCUUAAGGAGUUUCAAGGGAGAGCUCGAAAACAGGACGGAGCGGCUGCGAACAGCAGCCAUCCGGCGCCGGUGCAAACAGCAGCCAGAGACAUGACCAGCUGUGAGACGCGGCCAGCCGGAUGGAGUGAUCAGCAGCUGAGGAACCUCCUCAGAGAAGCUUCUCGAGUCGCUGCCUCCCAGCAGGCCGGAUCGUCCUCGGAUGCGAGAGGAGGACAGUCUUCCAGGACUGGUUUGGCAGGUAUAAGGGUGGCACAAGGUAGGGAAAAAGAUGAGGACAUCCGGAUUGUCAGCGUCACCUCGUUGGCACAGGGUACUCAGCACGCUGGCGUCCAAGGGCCACGUUCAGCAGUGGGAACGGGAGCGAUGAGUGCGAUGAGUGGUGCUAAUUAUGUAAGACGACGACACACGCCUUCACCUGCCAAUCCUGUGCUAGUGGCUCGUAAACGACUGCUGGAUAAGGCUUUGCUCCAUAGAGCACGGGUCAGAGACAGCGUUCCACAGAGUGGCCAGCAGGUGUCGCUGUCAGUGAGACGAGACCUGUCCUGUUUCUCUGGAUCUGAAGGCAGAAAGCUUGCGUUACCUCAGACAGUUUCUUAUGACCUGACUACAGCCAGACCUCCAAACAUGAGAUCAUUGCACCAAGGAGCCAGUCCUCAUAGGAGGUUGAUGCACCAGCGGGUCGGCGUUCCCGUUCGUGCUCCUCAACACCCUCCACGUGUCGGCAUCCGCCUCCCCAACCCAUCCACCACUGGGACGACAUCCCAAAAUUCAGCCCCCCCUGCACGGGUCCAAAACGUGAGCAACCAGCCUUCACCUCCUCCCCAGCGGAGUGCCCUGGACCCUGGAGCCUUGAGCGGCCUGCAGGAGCAGAUCCAGCUGUUGGGCUCCGAGCUGAGAAGUUUGGGACUGGCGUUGAGGAUGAUGGUGGACCAUCAAGGCCGACUGGAGAGAGAACAAGCCCAGCAGACCCAAGUCCAGAAGCAGAUCCUCGGCACCCUGCAGAAUCUCUCAUCUAAAUUUAAGCCUCUGCAGUCUACAUCUGCACCAACGUUACCAGCGUCUUGUUCCCUGGCCUCCUCUGCGCCCUUCGGCCAGGCUUCGACCGGUCAGGGUGCUUACGCUCAGUGCAGCCAAGCCCAGACGCGAUACAACGAGAUCCAUGAUUCCGGUCUGGAGAGCAUUGAGGUGUUUUCUCUGGACCAGCUCAGCCCACCUACCAUGAAUGGGUUUCAGCAGUGCCCGACCUCCGGCGGGCCCCCGUUCACCCACGCACAAGCGCGCACGCCCACUUUCACGCAAACAUUCGCGCCCAGCGCACUCCAGUACACUCAGCCGCACACAGACUCCUUUACGGGGAUGGAUAAUAAAUCAGUAGACAUGCCCUCCACCAGUGCAGGUGGGUCAUUCCAGGCUUGCAGCCCUCCUAACCAGUCCUCUAGUCUUCCGGUUUCACCCCACGAGCCCGAGCUGAACAUCAUUAAGGUGGAGAACGUCUGAGAAAUGGCUGAAAUCUGGACUUCACUGUAUUUUAUUGCACACAAACUGUUUUAGCUUCCCAUAGAAACUCAUACCAGGAAACUUAUACUAAGUAAAAAGGUUUCCCCUGCUUUCUGUUUUGUUUAAUUGUAUACAGUAAUUUUGCCUUUUUAUAGGAAAAGAAAAUAAAUAUGAGUAGACAUGGUUUGUCCUGUUAUUUU